AUGCGGCUUAAUAUGCAAAUGCCUGUCUAUUUCUUGCUGUUGUUGUUAAUCACAGUUGCCGCGAGCAGCACUAACGAUGAACAUUUGGAGUCUCUACUGUCGACUGAAACAACUCUGAUCGACGCUUUGCGAGACUAUAUAGAGGCAUUGGAGGAGCGGUUGGCGGGCAUCAAAGAGGAAACGGCUGCUAUACAAGCUAUACACGAUCGGGUGGGCGUUGAGGUGGAGGAGUAUUUGAACAAUCCGCUCAAUACACUCACCAUACUGAAACGCUUUGAGAGCAGCUGGCCGGCUCUGGAGAAACAGGCGAAUGCCACGCUCGAGCUCAGCAACAUCGAUCGGCAGUUCGAAGACGAACUGGAGUUUCCUGGAGAGGAGGAAUACGAGCAGGCGCUGACAAAUUUAUUGAGUUUGCAGUCGCUCUACGAACUCGAGCCCGCCAGCCUUUCUGUAGGCCUCCACAAUGGGCAGAAGCUGGGCUCAGCAAUGUCCUGGAGUGACUGCCUGGAGAUUGGACGCAAGUCCGACAAAAAUGGUGACUACGCCGUGGCCAAAUAUUGGCUGGAAACGGCACUGAGAAAGCUGCCAGCUGCCACAAAUGAAACCGAGGAGGCACCCACUCCAUCCAACUUCAAGGUCGUCGGCGACAGCGACCGGGCCCGUGUUCACAUACUGGAGGCAUUUCUGAAUAUGGAAUAUCGGGCAGGACAAUUGGAGCUGGCUCUGGAGGUGGCUGACGAGCUGUUGUUGUUGCGUCCCGAACAUAAAAACAUUCAGAAAGCAAAGGCGAAAAUUGAAAAGGACCUGGCCGGGCACAACAAAACGCGACAGCAGCACAAACAACAAAAGUCAAAGUCUGUGGAGCAGCAGCUAAUUGAGGAACUUUGUCGGCAACGCACCGCCAAGGACUCAAAGCACGAGCAUUGCUAUUUAGAGAGGAGCAAUCCAGCAGGGCUGCUGAACCCACAUCGCUUGGAGCAACUUAGCCAGGAUCCCUAUAUUGUCCUCUACCAUGAUGUGAUUGGAGAGAGGCAGAUUGAAGAGUUGCUAACUCUGCUGGAUGAGGAUGAAACAAACUCAAGCAAUACGUUCUACGAAAAGCUGCAGUUCACCAAGCUAGCCCAGAAGAAGCUGCGACGUCUGACGCAAGCAGUGGCUCAACGGGAAGGUCAUAUGAUGGUCGACUUUGGUUCGUGGGAGGCGCGGCGUUAUGGACACGAGCACGUGGCUGCCGCCCACAGCACAGAAGCAGCAUCACAUGCUGCGCGCGUUAUGUUCAAUCUACAACAGUCGAGACUGGGCGGCGCCGUUGUAUUUCCGCAGCUGGAGCUGAACAUUCAGGUACCGAGCGGCUCUCUGCUUUACUGGCGCGCCAUCGGCGAGACUCAUGAGCCGGACUACCGCAGUCGUCAGGUUGUCUGUCCAGUGUUGUUAGGCGCACAAUUGUCCGCUUGGACGACAAUAAGUUGACUCUGAUUCUACCUUGGAACUGUUAGUGGCACUCAAAUGAAAUACUAUUAAAUUUUUUCCUGCUUUUGUUUAAAGUUUAAUUUUCACUUUUAUGCCUGACUACAUUUGUGGAGGUGUGGCAAAAUAUAUUCUACAAUAAAAAUCAAAAACAAUAA